GGGCACUGGAAAAUUAUGUGGUUUAUGUCUGCAUUAUGUUGAGCGCAAUGUGUGCAUUUGUCAUCAGCUACGAUCUUCAUUCUGUACAGAUGUGCAGGGACGAGGCAAUGGCCAAACCGCAAGCGGUUAAUGGUCGUUAUGAACUUUCGGCCUGUGUAUUUAAAGCGGUUGUACCACGGAAUCGUUGGCAAUGUACCCGAAAUAAGAGUAUUAGCCGAGAUGUUGGCUGUUCCAUUUAACUGGGAGACUUCUGCAGGAUAUAAAAUAUUACUCAGGACAAUAUCAUUGUUACAAGACAACUCCUUCAAACAGAAUCUUUCAGCCAACUGCAAACGCCGCAAGGACAAUGGAGGUAUGCAAUUUUCAACUUCCAUAGAAACAAUAGGAGUGGUGCGCAUGGCUCCACUGAUUAUUCUCAGACCCAUAUUCUGUAUCACAUCUAAUUUUCUUAACAAUGUGCUACUAAUAUUAAUGUAAGCUAGAGAGCUAUAGUCAAAGUGACUCCUUACAAUACUUUUAUACAGCAUGCUAAGUGUUUUUGGAUCAGACCCCCAAAAGGUUCCUGCUAAGCUUCUUAGUACAUUUAUGCUCUUCAUGGCAUUCUGACAGAUAUAGUUGAUAUGCUUAUCAAAUUUCAGUUUAUCAUCUAGCACAACUCCUAAAAAUUUAUGAUGAUUGGCUAUAGGAAUUGUAUCAUUAUUAUAGUUAAUUUUAAUUCCAGAGUUUACAAAUUUGUCUUUACUGAAUACUAAAACUUUACUUUUCUCAGAGCUUAUUUCUAAUUUUAAAAUGUUGCUAUAAUAAAGAUGCAAUUGUGCCAAUGCAGUAUUAAUUCUAUUAAUUGCUGUAUUUAUAUUCUGGUUUUCACUGUAUAAAAGUAAGUUGUCUGCAAACUGUAAUAUUUUAACUUGUGAUGUAUCUACAUAAUUAAGUAUCUGAGAUGUGUAUAAAUUAUAUAACAAAGGUGAAAGUGUCGCUCCCUGCAUUGUUCCUUUGUUAACAGGCCUAGGUCCAUGUAGUUUAUUGUUAAAUUUAACAAAAAGAGUCCUAUCAUGCAAGAAAUUUAAAAUCCAGAUUAAUACAUUUCUUGGCAAGCUCAAUUCAUGCAAGACUUUUAUGAGGCAUUCAAUAUUAACAUUGUCAAAGGCACCUUUAACAUCUAAAAAUACACAUAUAACAUUAGAAUGACUAAGUUUGGCCUUUUUAAGUUCCGAUAUCAGAGAUACAAAGCUUUCAGAGCAACUUCUGCCUUUUCUGAAUCCAAAUUGUAUGUGAGGUAGUUUAUCCUGUGUUUCAGCAAAAUAAUCUAGACGCAACUUUAACAUGUUUUCAAAAAGCUUACCUAAACAUGAUGAUAAAGAAAUAGGUCUGUAUGAUGAUGGAUCAUUAGCAGCUUUAUUUGGCUUUAAAAUGGGGAUUACACAUUGGGUUUUCCAUGACUCUGGUAUAGCUAAAUUAUUCCAAAGUUUAUUAUAAAUAUUUAAUAACAUUUCUUGCGCAUUAGGAUGUAAUUUUUUUAUUAAUAUAUAUGGUAUGCUGUCCAACCCUGGUGUUGUAUCUUUCCUACUUUUGAGUGCUAUGUACAAUUCAUUUAGUGUGAAUGGUCUAUUGAGAAAUGAGUUACUUUCAUUUUCAACAGAUUGAUCUAAAAUAUCAUUCAAAUAAUCUUCAUUUAACUGUGAUGAGUCUGUUAUGUUGUCUAAGAAGCUUGGUAUCCAAUCGUCAGCCAAAUAUCUGUUAUGAGAAGAACCUAUCCUUCUAAACCUUUUCAUGUAGUUCCAUAUUCGAGAAAUAGGUGUCAUUCUAUUAAAACUAGUACAUAAAUUGUGCCAUGAAUUAAUACUUUCUUCUUUUAAUAUCCUUUUCUUUUGAGCAUCAAGUUUUUUGUAGUUAAUGAAAUUAGGAAUACUAGGCGAUUUUCUAUACUCUUUGAGGGCCUCCUUAGACUUUCGAACAGCAUCAUCACAUGUUUGGUUCCACCAGGGUGCAGGUUUUCUCAUUACCCUUAAAGUUUGUUGUGGUGUUUGCUUUGGAACAGUCUCUGCUCUAAUAUCAUACAAAAUAUUUACAAAAUUAUUAUACAAAUCAAUAGGUUCGGUACCAUGUAUUUCUAAAUUACAAAAUCUCGUUUUUGAUAGUUCUUGAUAUUUAGACCAAUCUGCUUUAUUAUAAAUGUAUUUUUCUUCCGCAGGACGCACUUCAUAUACAGAAGGCUUCACAUUUAGAGCGACCACAGUUGGGUAGUGGUAACUGCCCAUCGGGUCGUCAUGGACGUGCCAUUCACAAAGAGGAGCUAAUGCGGAACUAACCAGAGCUAAAUCUAUUGCCGACUGAUUUCUGUUAGGAUACUGGACAGUUGUAGCUAUGUCACCAUCAUUCAGAAUACACAAGUCAAAGUCAUCAAUAAGUGCAUAUAAACUGUUACCUCUAUUAUUAUUUGUCUGACAUCCAAACAGGAUAUGGUGAGCAUUAAAAUCUCCCAUAAUAAGACAUGGCUUAGGAGUUUCAAGUAGCACCUUUUUCAUUUUGCUUGUAGCAGACCUGCUGCUAUUGGGAGGACAAUAUACACAUAGAAUAUGUAACUUACCCAUAGUUGUGUCUACGGAAAUGCAAAUAUUUUGCACAGAUUCGAAAAAAGUUGUAUUUACAAUAGUGUAUUUUAAGUUUUGUUUAAUUAAUAUACCUACUCCGUUAUGUUCAUUUAUUGAGUUUUUGUGUAUAAAAUUAUAGGGUGAAAAAUCGGGAAUUGUACUAGUUGUUUUAAGCCAGGUUUCAUUUAAGAGACAGAUAUCUAUAUGUUGUUCCGAAAGAAAUUUUUUAAGUAAGGCCCUUUUGCUCUGUAAGCUCUGUAUGUUAUAUUGUGCUAUAUUCAAAUAUGUAUCCAUUAUAUUAUUAAAUUACUUAAAAGU